UUGAGUGGCACCAAAUUAAAGAUAGAUCCUUGAUAUAUCGACACAGCAGCAGCUGAGAUUUGGAAAUAAUAUUAUUACGUUUAUCAUUUUAAUAUUAAAUCAGAUCCUUUUUGAUUUCAACAACAACAAACAAAAAAAUGUGGUCUAUUUUUUCUCGUGAUCCAUCUAAAGAUUUUGGUUAUGAAGUUAAUGAACCAAUUUUACAAGAUGAAAAUUCUUUUUGGAUUUUACACAAAGGAAAAAAGAAGGCAACUGGUGAAAUUGUCUCCGUAUUUCGUUAUGAAUCAAAAUCAAAUGAUUCUGGUUAUAUGGAUCUUGCUAGAAAUUCAUUAAAAAGGCUCAAAACUUUAAGACAUCCAUCGAUAUUGACAUAUUUGGAUUCAUUAGAAACAGAUAAAUACAUAUUGAUUGUAACCGAACAUGUUCAACCUUUACAUUGUUUUCUUGAAGAAAUAAACAAAUGGCCUGAAAAACAAAAAGAAUCAACCAUUUCAUGGGGAAUUUAUUCAAUAUCGAAAGGUCUUUGUUUUCUAAAUAAUGAUUGUAAAAUGAUUCAUGGUAAUCUAUCAUUGGGUUCUAUAUUUAUCAAUGAUUCAUGUGAUUGGAAACUAUUUAAUUUUGAAUAUCUAACAAAUAUUGGUUCGAUUCAACCAUCGAAAUCAUUUUAUCCACAUAAAAUUUAUACUGCACCUGAAUUACAAGAUAACAAUAGAGCCACUUGUGAUAAACGAUUAGAUGCUUGGGGAUUAAGCUGUUUAAUAUGGGAAAUUUUUAAUGGAAAACUUAAUGAACAAGCUCAAUUAAAAAAUUUAAAACGUUUGCCAAAGAAAUUAAUACCAUUAUAUUCAAAUUUAAAUAAAACAUCAUCACAAAGAUGCCUUAUUGAAGAUUUUCUUUCAAAUGGACAAGAUAAAAAUGGUUAUUUUAAAAAUCCAUUCAUCGAUACUUUGAAUUUUCUUGAAGAGAUUCAGAUCAAAGAUUCGACGGAGAAAAAUCGUUUCUUUUCCAACCUUAAUAAUGGACUCGAAUCAUUCCCGGUUUAUUUUUGUAAAAAUAAAAUAUUAUCAUUUGUAAUCACAUCGUUGGAAUAUGGUGAAGCUAAUUGUCAUUGUUUGGAAUUAUUGAUGAAAAUUGGAAAAAUGUUGAAUGAAAAUGAAUAUCAAAAAAAAGUAACACCAAGUAUUAUUAAAUUGUUUGCCAGUAAAGAUCGUUCGAUUCGUUCGAAAUUAUUGAAAGAAAUUGAUGAAUAUAUUGAUUAUACAUCAACACAGGCUGUUAAUGAUCAAAUUUUUCCAUAUCUUGUACAUGGAUUUAUGGAUUCUAAUCCGGUUAUUCGUGAACAAACUGUCAAGAGUAUUUUUCAUUUAGCUUCCAAACUGAAUAAUCAAAAUUUGAAUGAAGAAGUGAUUAAACAUUUCAGUCGAAUACAAAUGAAAGAUCCUGAAGGUGGAAUUCGAACAAAUACGAUAAUUUGUUUGGGCAAAAUUGCUGCACAUUUACAGCCACAAACACGACAAACUAUAAUGUUACCAUUAUUUUUAAGAUCAUUACGUGAUCCAUUUCCUCCUUCUCGUAUCGCCUGUAUUCAAUCAUUGGAUGCAACACAAAAUUUUUUUACAUUACAAGAUUGUACAUCAAAAAUUAUGCCAGCAUUAUGUUUGAUUUUGAUGGAUCCAGAGAAACAGGUUCGUGAUCAUGCUUUUGUGACAUUGAAAAAUUUUGUUCAAAAAAUUGAAAAAUUUUCCGAAAAUCCUUCGCUUAUUGAACAUAUGGAAAGUGAAAUCAACAAAUCUGGUUCGAAUGUUUCGUCUAAAUUUACGACUGGUCUUAGUUGGGCUGUUAAUUCUUUGGCAGCCAAAUUGACAAGAACCAAAAUCGAAAGCGAUAAUCAUAAUGAAGAUGAACAAAAACCAAAACAAUCAAUUCAAAACAAUCAUUCAUUAACUGUGAAUCAAGAUAAACAUCAAAAUAAUGAUAAUGAAAACAUUUUGAAAAAUGAUGAUCAAAUGAAAAUCAAAUCAAUUGAUGAUCUAACUGGAAAUUCAGAUGGUUGGGAAGGAGAUGGAUGGGAAAAUGAUUUGCUUGAAGAUUGGGAGAAAAAUGUUCCGAUAAAACCUGUUGCACCAAAAAUCCAUAAUAAAAACAACGAUGAAAAUGGCUGGGAUAAUGAUAUUGAUUGGGGUGAGAAUAAUGAUUCGGAAGAUAAAAAUGAAAAUAAAUUAAUAACAACAAUCAAAAAAGAUGAUGAAGAAAUAUUGAAACCAAGAAUAAGACAAACAAGAAUCAGUUCAACAACCAAACCAGGACCGAAAAAAGGCCCAAUGAAAUUGGGUGCUCAAAAAUUAAAGAAAAGUUUUGAUUGAACAAAAAAAA